AUAAAGAACACAAUCACUCUUAGCUCUAAUCGAAUAACAAACUAUUUUAGCCCCUCGCUGAUGACCAAAAAUUCAAUACUUGGUGCUUUCUUUCAUCGAACGGUGGUUGGCCGUAGUUUAACGAAACAUUUCUGGAACUUCGUCACGGGCCAAGCAGAAAAGGCAGCAGGGUUUGGAAAAGAUGGCAACAAUAUCGAGGGAUUACAGCCAGACGUAUGUGGCGCAAGCUGCUUCUGGUGUGACACUUCCAUUGGCCUGAUCACUAUGAGUGACUUUUUGAGCACACUCAGGAAAGGCAAUAUUACUAUACUGCGUGAUAGUGUUGAAUAUUUGGACGUAGCAGGAGCAACCGUGCGGUCUGGCAAAACAGUCGCUGCCCAGUAUAUGAUAUACUGCACCGGAUGGGGCGAUCACUUCAGCUUCUUCUCACCGAACAUUAAAGAGGAGCUCGGAAUAUCGCCGUAUGGGAUUACGAACUCGCAUGAAAAUUCCACUUUAUCAGAUGAUCCAAAUAGCUGGAAGCUAGAGCCUAACCGCGCGUGGACACAACGCCGUUGGCGACUCUACAACAGAUGCGUUCCUAUUAACUUGACAGAAUAUCGCUCAUUUGUCAUACUUGGCCAAAUCCAUACGGUCCAGUCCAGACUCCGACGACUACAGCGGUCCAAUCCCUCUGGGCGAUUGGAUAUCUGCUAGGGGAGAUAGAUGUCCCAAGCAAAGAUGCUAUGGCCCAGGAGGUUGCCGAAUGGAAUACCUGGAACCUUGAGAUAUAUCUAGGCGUCGGUGAGAGGUACCCGUAUGCACUUUUGACUGGAUUCCUUAUAUAGAUCGUCUUCUUACAGAUCUCGGAGUCACGUCUCAGCGCGAGAAGGGCAUGUCGUGGAUUUCCU